AAUAUGAUAUUAUUUUCUUCUCUCUGAUGUUCGAAAAUAUUUCUUCGCGCUAAUAUUUUCGUGUGCAACGAGGAGAAUCUGACUAUUAUUAAAAAAAAAAAAAACCUCAUCAUAUUGAGGAUAGACGAAAAAAAAAGAAAAUAAAUAAAAAACUGGUUUUUUUAAAAAACAUUUUAAUGAGAGAAAAAAAUAUCUUACUGUUUAUAUACGUAGUGCCAUUGAAUAACAAUAAUAAUUGUAAAAAAUAAAAAAAUAUAAAAAAAAAAAAAAUAAAAUAAUAAUGGCGACUUGGGAAUGUAGUAUAUUUAAUGAUGAUGUUAACAGUGAUAUUCUCGAUGAUAAUUUAGAUGAUAUACUAGUUGAUCAUGAUCUUCAAGAUUGUCUUGAUGAUAGUUUGGAUUUAUCAAAUUUCGAUCAUACCUAUGAACAAUCACUUGGUCUUGAUUACUCCGAAAAAUUUAUUGAUGAUGGUACAUUUUCACCAAAAUUUAAUGAUGAUAAUAUAACUGGUUAUAUUCAUCAUACAAUUAGUCCAAAUGAAAUAUACAUGAGAAUACAUCCAGGUCAGGAUGAUUCAAUGCCAGAUGAUCCAUCUCAUGCAACAAUAACAAUUGAGAGUACUGAUCCAGAUACAAAUCAAAAACAUAUUAGUCGUUAUGAAUGUGAAUAUGAUGGUUGUGCUAGAACUUACAGCACUGUUGGAAAUCUCAGGACUCAUAUGAAAACUCACAAAGGAGAAUAUCGUUUCAAGUGUGCUGAUCCUCAAUGUGGCAAGGCAUUUUUAACAUCAUACAGUUUAAAAAUUCAUGUUAGAGUACAUACAAAAGUAAAACCAUUUGAAUGUAAUCAUGGUGGUUGUGAAAAAGCAUUCAAUACAUUGUAUAGAUUACGUGCACAUCAAAGAUUACAUAGUGGUAAUACAUUUAAUUGUGAAGAAACUGGUUGUGUUAAAUUUUUUACAACAUUAAGUGAUUUAAAAAAACAUAUACGUACACAUACACAAGAAAGACCAUAUAAAUGUCAUGAAAAAGAUUGUGGUAAAGCAUUUACAGCAUCACAUCAUUUAAAAACUCAUAAACGUACUCAUACUGGUGAACGUCCAUAUACAUGUCCACAUGAUACAUGUCAACGUUCAUUUACAACACCACAUAGUUUAAAAAGUCAUCUUAAAACACAUAAAAAAACAUUAAUAAAUAUUGAUGAAAUACAACAAAAUAAUGAAAAACAAAAAAUUAUUAUAACUGCUGAUAUAUUAAGUGAUAAUUCAUUACCAUCAUUUACAUUAACAUCAUUAAAUACAAUAGAUAUUGAUAAUAAUAAUAAACAACAACAAGAUAAUAAUAAUACGUGUAAAAAUAUUCAUUCGUGUGAUAAUAAUCAUGUACAAAUUCCAUCAUCAUCACCAUCAUCACCAUCACCACCAGCAGCACCAACAUUAACAGCAUCAUCAUCAUCAUCAUCAUCAUCUACAAUUACAACUAUACCAGUGUCACCACCACCACCAGCACCAUCAACAUCAUCGUCAUCUGGAUUUACAACAAUUGAAAUAAAAGAUAAUAAUAAUUUCACAAAUUCAACAUUAGAAUUAUAUCAACAAUGUAAUAAUAAUAUUGUUGAUAUUAAAAAUAAUCAUGACAAUAAAAUUGAUAAAUUACCAUUGAAUUUAGAACAAAAAAUAAUACGUGAUGGUAUUAAUAAUACAAUUGCUGAAUUAACUGAUAAUAAUGAAAAUAAUGAAUUAUUUAAUAAUACAAUUGAUACAUUAACAUUUGUUGAUAAUGUAAAUGAUAAUAGUCAAUCAGAAGCUGUUGAAUUAGCAAUUGCAUCUGAAGAAGAAGAAAUACCAUCACCAUGGAUUGAUGUUAUGGCAUUGGCAACAUCACCACCAUCAUUAAGAACAGAAACAUGGCCAGAAAUAAAUGCAUUUCCAACAGCUGUACAAUCACUUGUUGAUAUUGUUGGUCCAGAACCAUAUGCUAUUGUUAAUAAUCAACAACAACAACAACAACAACAAACAACAAUGGAUCCAACAAUACAAUUGAAUAGUUCAAUCAUACAACAGAUACCACAAAUACCAAUUGAAAUAAAUGAUUUAUCAAUGAAUAUUAUUAAUAAAAAAAGUAAAAAAAAUAUAUUACAAAAAAUAACAGCUGAUGCUGAUAUUUGUAAAUGUACUGAUUGUAAAUGUGAUCAUAAUAAAAAUUGUCAAAAUAAUAAGACAAAUGAUUAUUGUGAUUAUGAUAUUAAUAAAAAUUCACAAAUGAAAAUUGUUAGUGAAAUUGUAUCAUGUUUACAGAGUAAAUGUGGUUGCGAUAAUAGAAGUGAUAAUUGUGAUUCUUGUUGUGUUGUUAUUUGUUUAAAAACACUUCAUCAAUUACAAAAAGUAUUUAAACAAAAUUGUUGUAAUAGUAGUAAUAAUAAUUUAGGUGGUUGUUGUAAAACAAAAGCUGCUAAUAUUGACCAUAAUAAUAUGGCUUUUUCCAUGAUGUAAAUUUUUUCUAAUUUAAAAUCAUUUAAUCGAUUUUUAAAUAUUUUUUUUUGUUUGAAUUAAUUCUUCUUUUUGUUUUUGUUGAUAUAUAUUAUUAAUUUCACUAGUCAAUUUUUAUUUUACAAUAAUUCUUUUUAUAUUUAUUUUUUUUUUAUCAAAAUUUUUCUUUGCAUUUAGAGUUUAUCUGAGAAUUUUUUCAAACAAAAAGAAACAAGUAGAAUACUGAUUUCUUUUUUUUUUUUUUUUUAUACAAAUAACUAUUUAUCUUUUGCUUUAAUAUUUUAUUUUUUUUUUUUAAAUAUAUCAUUGUUAUAUAUUACUGAGUUUUUAAUUUUAUCUCUUAUUUUUUUUUUGCAGUUAGCCAAAUUUAUUGUAAAAUUGUUAUUUUUAUGAUGUAAUGACUAUAACAUGACUAUAUUUAUUUUUAAUAAACUAGCAAUAUUUGUUUAUGCCAAGAAUAAAAAUGAAAAAAAAAAAAAAAUUACGUGCCAUUGAAAAAAAUAUAUAUAUUCAUAAAUUUUAAUAAUAUAAAAUUUUUGAAAUUGAAAAAAAUAUAUAUUAAAUAAUGUUAAGUUUUAUGUGAAUUUUUAUAAAAUAUAAUUUGAAUGAAAAAA